AUGCCAGGUGACUAUGGUCAGGAUGACAAACCAGAGGAUCAGCUGGAAGGAAGGGCUGGAGCAGUGAGAAACUCCCUUGGCAGCCUGGCGAAGCAAAGGAGGAGAUGUUUGCCACCAGGACGGAGGUCAAGGGGCAGGCUCCUGCUGGAAGGAUACUUAGUUUCCCCAAACAUCCAGGGAAGAGCCCAGGAAGACUUCAUCUUGCAGAACAUCCCCUGGGCAUCCCACUACUGUGUAGAGGUGAAGCCAAACCAAGAAGAUGCCAUUUCUCUAAGACUGUAUAUGUUUUCACUACAGUGUUUUCAGUGGAUUAUAAUCAAGCUUUUGGGUCAAAAAGCUUGGAUAGAAAAAACCUUUUUCAAGAGGGAGUGUAUCUACAUAAUUGCCAACAGCAAAGAUGCUACCAGGUGCUGCUGUGGCCAGCUUCUUACACAACACACCCCAAUUCCUCCGAGUAUAACUGCGAACAAGAAUGAAGAAGACGCAACGAAGCAGGUGGAUACUCAGCCUGAGAAGUGGUUUGUCAGUAAGCACACCCAGGCACUCCCAACUGAUGCCUAUGGAAAUCUUGAGUUCCAAGGUGGAGGCCACACCAACAAGUCCAUGUACAUCCGAGUGUCAUAUGACACAAAGCCAGACUCGCUGCUCCACCUGAUGGUGAAAGACUGGCAGCUGGAACUCCCCAAGCUCCUAAUAUCCAUCCACGGGGGACUGCAGAACUUCGAGCUGCAACCCAAGCUGAAGCAAGUGUUUGGGAAGGGCCUCAUCAAGGCCGCCAUGACCACAGGCGCUUGGAUCUUCACCGGGGGAGUCAGUACAGGUGUCAUUCGCCACGUUGGAGAUGCCUUGAAAGAUCACUCUUCCAAGUCCAGAGGACGCAUCUGUGCCAUAGGAAUUGCUCCGUGGGGCAUUGUGGAAAACAAGGAGGAUCUGAUUGGGAAAGAUGUGACAAGAGUUUAUCAAACCAUGUCAAACCCACUAAGCAAACUCUCUGUGCUCAACAGUUCCCAUACGCACUUCAUCCUGGCCGACAAUGGCACCUUUGGCAAAUACGGGGCAGAAGUGAAACUGAGGCGCCAGCUGGAGAAGCACAUCUCACUCCAAAAAAUCAACACACGGCUGGGGCAGGGGGUCCCUGUGGUUGGACUGAUAGUCGAAGGUGGUCCCAAUGUGAUAUCCAUCGUCUUGGAGUGUCUGCGUGAAGAGCCGCCACUUCCUGUUGUCAUCUGUGAUGGCAGCGGACGAGCGUCAGACAUCUUAUCGUUUGCACACAAGUACUCAGAAGAAGGAGGCAUCAUAAGUGAGUCUCUGAGGGACCAGUUGCUUGUCACCAUUCAGAAAACCUUUAACUACAGCAGGAACCAAGCGCACCAGCUGUUUGUUAUUCUCAUGGAGUGCAUGAAAAAGAAAGAACUUAUCACCGUGUUCCGCAUGGGCUCUGAGGGGCAGCAGGAUAUUGAGAUGUCCAUCUUAACAGCUCUACUUAAAGGUACUAAUGCAUCUGCACCAGAUCAGCUGAGCUUAGCACUGGCCUGGAACCGUGUGGAUAUUGCACGCAGUCAAAUCUUCGUCUUUGGGCAUCACUGGCCGCCAUUGGGAAGCCUUGCAGUUACGGAUGGGACAGCCCCAGAAAAGGAGAAGAAAUCUCCGGCACCUCAAGCAAAAGCAGCAAGAGGGAAAGGAAAAGGCAAAAAGAAAGGUGGGAAGCAGAAAGAAGAACCGGAGGAAGAAACAGAUCCAAGGAAACUUGAGCUACUGAACUGGGUAAAUUCCCUAGAGCAAGCGAUGCUCGAUGCUCUUGUGCUGGAUCGGGUGGACUUUGUGAAGCUACUGAUUGAAAACGGCGUCAGCAUGCAGCGCUUCCUCACCAUCCCACGACUGGAAGAGCUUUACAACACUAGACUGGGUCCACCAAAUACCCUUCAUCUGCUUGUCAGAGAUGUAAAAAAGGGAAAUCUGCCACCAGAUUACCACAUCAGCCUCAUUGACAUUGGCCUGGUCCUUGAAUAUCUCAUGGGAGGGGCAUAUCGUUGCAACUAUACACGAAAGAGCUUCCGAACCCUGUACAACAAUUUAUUUGGGCCAAAGAGGCCUAAAGCUCUCAAGCUACUAGGGAUGGAGGAUGAUGAACCUCCAACCAAAGGGAAAAAGAAGAAAAAGAAGAAGAAGGAAGAGGAGAUAGACAUUGAUGUGGAUGACCCAGAAGUCAGCCGCUUCCAGUACCCCUUCCAUGAGCUCAUGGUCUGGGCAGUGCUGAUGAAGCGGCAGAAGAUGGCUCUCUUCCUUUGGCAACGUGGAGAGGAGACCAUGGCCAAGGCACUGGUGGCCUGCAAACUCUACAAAGCCAUGGCCCACGAGUCUUCAGAGAGCGAGCUGGUGGAUGACAUCUCUCAAGACCUGGACAACAACUCAAAAGAUUUUGGCCAGCUUGCUGUUGAGCUGCUGGAUCAAUCAUAUAAGCAUGAUGAGCAAGUAGCCAUGAAACUUUUGACAUAUGAGCUGAAAAACUGGAGCAACUCUACUUGCCUGAAACUUGCAGUGGCAGCAAAGCACAGGGACUUCAUCGCGCACACCUGCAGCCAGAUGUUACUGACAGACAUGUGGAUGGGGAGGUUGCGCAUGAGGAAAAAUCCGGGCCUUAAGGUUAUCAUGGGGAUCCUCAUACCUCCUACCAUCCUGUUCCUGGAGUUCCGUACCUCUGAUGACUAUUCCUACCAAACGUCAAAGGAAAAUGAAGUCGGGAAAGAAAAAGAAGAAGAAAAUGUGGAUGCAAAUGCUGAUACUGGUUCCCGAAAGGGUGAUGAAGAAGAUGGGAACAAAAAACAAAGGAGCCUUCCCAUUGGAACGAAGAUCUACGAAUUCUAUAAUGCACCAAUUGUGAAGUUCUGGUUUUACACAAUAUCCUACCUAGGGUACUUAAUGCUGUUCAACUAUAUAAUCUUGGUACCGAUGGAUCGUUGGCCCUCACUCCAGGAAUGGGUUGUCAUUUCAUACAUUGUGACUCUGGCAUUGGAGAAAGUAAGAGAGAUUUUGAUGUCAGAACCAGGUAAAUUGAGUCAGAAAAUAAAAGUGUGGCUACAAGAAUAUUGGAACAUCACUGAUUUGGUUGCUAUUUCUGUGUUCUUGGUUGGGGCCAUUCUCCGUUUGCAAAACCAGCCUUAUAUGAGUUAUGGAAGAGUUAUCUACUGUGUGGAUAUCAUUUUCUGGUACAUCCGAGUACUGGACAUCUUUGGUGUGAAUAAGUACCUGGGGCCUUAUGUCAUGAUGAUUGGAAAAAUGAUGAUUGACAUGCUGUACUUUGUGGUGAUUAUGCUGGUGGUCCUGAUGAGCUUUGGAGUUGCCCGUCAAGCCAUCCUGCAUCCCGAUGAGCAGCCGUCUUGGAGACUGGUCCGCAACAUCUUCUACAUGCCCUACUGGAUGAUCUAUGGAGAGGUGUUUGCUGACCAGAUAGACCGUAAGAACAGAAUUCAUACUCCCUGUGGGGAAAACCUUUAUGAUGAGGAUGGCAAGCGUUUCCCUCAGUGCAUCCCUGGCGCAUGGCUGACUCCCGCAAUCAUGGCCUGCUACCUCUUGGUAGCCAACAUUCUCCUGGUCAACUUGCUGAUUGCUGUUUUCAACAACACCUUCUUUGAAGUGAAGUCCAUCUCCAACCAAGUCUGGAAGUUCCAGCGGUAUCAGCUGAUCAUGACCUUCCAUGACCGGCCGGUGCUUCCUCCGCCCAUGAUCAUCUUUAGCCACCUUUAUAUCAUUAUAGUUCGUCUCUGCUGCCGCUGCAAGAAACGAAGAGAAGGGGACCAAGACGAACGCGACCGAGGACUGAAGCUGUUUCUAAAUGAUGAAGAGUUGAAAAAACUGUAUGAAUUUGAGGAGCAAUGUGUUGAGGAAUAUUUCCGACAAAAGGAAGAUGAAGAACAGUCAUCAAAUGAUGAACGUAUUAGAGUCACUUCAGAAAGAGUUGAAAACAUGUCUAUGAGAUUAGAAGAAGUGAAUGAAAGAGAACAUUUCAUGAAAGCCUCUCUCCAGACGGUUGACCUUCGACUUUCUCAGCUGGAAGAACUCUCUGGCCGGAUGGCGAAUGCUCUGGAGAAACUGGCAGGCAUCGACAAGGCUGAGCUGACUCACACACGUUCCCGGGCAUCCUCGGAAUGCGAUGCUGCUUACCUCCUCCGGCAAAGCAGCAUAAACAGUUCUGAUGGCUACAUGUACAGGUACCACGGUGAUGAUCUUGCCUAUGAUGACCUGCCUACCCCAAUGUCUCCAGCCUUGGCUUUGCGUAAAGCGGAUUCAAAGCUACAGCUGGCUCCAGAACGCCAAGGAAGUAUCCACUCUGCCACAAGCGCCUCUACAGAUCACAGCAAAAACACUUUAGAUGUUACGCAGAAUGUUUCUCUAUCCCGUUCUGGCUCAGUUGACAGGCAGGAACACUGUAAGAAUGAAGAGACAACACCCCAAACUCUCAACCAAAUGGAUAUGGUUGGGAAUGGGCAGCCUGGAACUGGACCAAAAAUUCAGAACCCUCAUUUAGCGUUAGAAAAGGCCAAAUUAGAAGCCACCAUCUCCUAUCCUUUGGACAAACCUAGGGCAAUGAGGUACUACCCUUCUGAAACAUUCAACGCUUGCGAAGCAAGCAUGAUGAAAUCAAGGAGUUACAUAUUUGCACAAGGUGGAAAUAUGGUUGGAGGAGUUAACAACCGGACCAUUAUGGACCAAGAGUAUAGGACCAUCAUGGAUGAAGUGUGCCCUUCCACAAUUGAACAAUGGACUGCCGAGUGGAAGUAUGAGGUUCAGCAGAAACUAGCUAGUGAGCCUCCUCCUGAAUAUCCUGGCAUUGUGUCUGAAGCGGAGAUGCAAGCUGAGCGGAAACAGCUACUGACUGACACCGAAGAGGACAGUGAUGUUGGUGAAGUGGUGGGUCUCAGUGCCUCCCAUCCUUCCUCACCUGUCACCAAAAGGAUCCACACAGACAAUUUGUUGUCAGUGAAAUCUGACAGGACUUGUGGUUUUCCUUCCGUACGGUCAAAGAGUUUACACAGCCAUUCCCGAAAACCCAAGUCCAUUAAGGACAGGCUUAAUAGACCAGGACAUGCCAGCAGUGUCAGCAGCCUAGUGGUGACCUGUGGGACUGCAACGGAAGAGCAGAAAGCAAAACAAGAAAAUGCCUCCGCAGAAACUGAAUGCUAAAAUGGCCUUUUCUCAACAAGCAAUAGUUGGGAGAUGUUGUUAAGCCAGGACACCACAGGUAGAAGUGACACCCCCAAAUGCCCAUCCUUUAAAGAGCCAGUUUGCAUUUGGUAGCUCACUAUGUUCGCUUUUACAGAUGCAUUCAUGUCCAACAGUUCCUGCUUCAAAGCACUUCCUGCUUUUGUGAAGGGAAGGUGUGCUCUCCCUGAGGGGCAUAGCUACCUCUGGAGGGCCCGGCCAACAGUGUCAACAUGGAUUCUUUAAUUCAUUAUGUCAAUGAUUCUAAAAGCAAUGUAGUUCAGUGAGCUGGAGGCUGGAUCCUCCUGACCCAUAAGAGCACCACUGCUUAAAACAACGGGUCUCAUUGAGCGAUUGACAGGCCAACAGCACUCUUUGUGGGCUUCAGGGCAAUGCUGCAGAAUGAAUCACCAAGAGGCCCUUUUUUAACACACAUAAAAAGUGGCACAAUCAGCAGCUCUUCUUCUUGCAAAAGUGAAUGUUGUGUGUGGCAAGUGUAUAUUCCCUCAGCACCCAGUACAGGUAUUUAUCAAGGAUAUACCCACAUAUAACACUGUAUGUGUUAAUUCCUGUCUACACUCACUGCCUGCAAACUCCCUACACUGAGGAUCCUUGAGAGACAGCAGUUUCCCAUAUCUAUAGUGGCACCAAGGAAGAAAGUGGGGGCAAGAAGGAGUACCUUGUGGAAGAGGUAUGACUUUGUGAGCGGAGUCUUACUGGCACUAUUUUUACACCACUGUUGUUGUUCUGGUCAGCCAGUUUGGGCUAGUGGCAAUCACAUAAAUCUUUUUUUCAGGCAUAGUUCAGCCAACUGCAGACUUAAAUAAAUGUGUUUUCAGAGUUGGUUUUUUAAAGAUCAUCAGUGUUGAGGUCAAACAUAUCUCCUUGUUCCAAAGCUGAGAAAGUCCUGUUCUUGUACCCAACAGUCUCAUUGCUCUUAGGAGAGGACCAGACAGCAGGGCCUCAGAAGCUUCAUGCUUAGGCAGACUCACUUAGGUGUAAGUAGGUCAUUAAGAUAACAUGGUCUCAAGCCAUUUUUGAGGUAGAAAUGUCACCACAGUAUUAUUUCUUUCACAAGAGUAGGUGGUAUUCUGGAACCGCAGUCAGCCAAUUAGAUAAAGUGCUUGGAAA